AUGUCCGACAGAAUCGAUAUCGAUGACUACCCAAGAGAUCGCGAACGCUCUAGAUCAAGAUCUCCAAGAAGAGACAGAUCGCCAGUGAGGGGGUCUGAUCGUGGGGGUUACAGAAGUCGUAGAGACUACCGUGAUAGCGGCAGAGAUCGUUACGAUAGCCGUGGAAGAGGUGAUUCAUAUAGUGGUGGGGGUAGAGACAGAUACAGUGGACGUGGCAGAAGUCUGGACCUUGAGGACCCAGCCAGGUUCAGUAGCAAUGGUGCUUAUGCCGACAAGAGCAACAGAAAUUACUCCUCGAGUAUCUUCAUCGGUAACUUGCCAUUCGAUUGUAGCUGGAUGGAUUUGAAAGACCAUUUCCUGAGAGUUGGUGAUGUUAGUCGUGCAGACAUUGUCACUUCUCAUGGUAAAUCCAGAGGUAUGGGGACUGUCGAGUUUAAGGACAAACGUGAUGUCCAAGUUGCUAUUGACAAAUUUAAUCACACCCUGUUUUUGGACCGUGAAAUUUUCGUAAGAGAAGAUAACCCACCACCAGGAAAGUCUGAUAGAGGUAGAGACAGAUAUGACGAUGAUAGAUACUCGUCAAGAGAUAGUUAUAGGGGAAGAGAUAGCUACAGAGAAAGAGAUUCUUACAGAGGCGGAGAUAGCUACAGAGAUAGUUACAGAGACAGAGAUAGCUACAGAGGCGGUAGAUAUGAAGGAAGAGAUGGAGGUAGAGAUAGUUACAGAGGAAGAGAUGGAAGAUCGUCCAGAUUACCUCCAAAGGGCUACGAGGUCUUUGUUGGUAAUUUGCCAUUUAGAACCAACUGGCAAGAUCUUAAGGAUCUUUUCCGUGAUGCUGGUGACGUUCUCCACGCUGACGUUCGUGAAGAUGAACGUGGUAGAUCAAAAGGGUUUGGUAUUGUGGUGUACGCCACCAGAGAAGAGGCUGACCGUGCGAUUGAAAAGUUCCAAGAUCAUGAAAUUGACGGAAGAAAGAUUGACGUUCGUGAUGGAAAGAACAAUGCUUACUUUGACAAGGAUAAGGAAGCUGAUUCUGUGGCUCCUGCAGAUACUGUGGCGGUCAAUCAUGGUGACGAUAUUGAAAUGGAUACCAAAGCUGAGCAGCCUAUUGAAGAAGCGGUAAACACUGAGGAACAAGAAGAUGAGGACACUAAUGAAUUCACUAGCGGUGUUGUAGGUGAAGGUGAAGAAUCUGAUACCAUUUUUGUUGGUAACUUACCAUUCUCCACUCAUAAUGAAGAUUUGUACGAUCUUCUUGAAGGUGUUGGCGCCAUUGCUAAAGCAGAAAUUCAAAAAUCUCAUGGCAGACCAAAGGGUAGCGGUGUUGUUCGUUUCGAAAAUGAGAGCGACGCAAAGAUUGCCAUUGAGCAAUUGAAUGGCUACACGUAUGGUGGUCGCCAAUUGAAUAUCUCUUAUGCCAGUUAUCCAAAAAAAUAA